AUGAUCGAGAGGAAGGAGGUACGGUAUACUAUUAGAACUCGGAGGACGUACCGUGUGGCUGGGGCGCACUGGCCACCAGCUCAGCUCAGCAGAUCACGGGUCCCGGCUCCAUGCGAACCCGGCCCAUCGGCGCCCAGCCUUUCUUGCCCCGUUCCUGCGGGGCCGGGCCCAGGCCCAGGCUCUCCCCCCGCCCCCACCCCCCUCGGGCCCAGCGGAGGCGCUGGGCCCGAGGCCCCAGCUCGGGGUGUCGCUCCGAGUCCCGUCGAUCGUCCGGGUGCCAGUGGCGAGCCCGGCGGGCGACGGGAGUCACGCACCGGGCACCGGGAGGAAAGGUGGGGGAGGGUAGAGGACAGAGAAUUGUCCGUCCAGAGGAGCGCGGGGGGGCCUGCAUUAGAGGCCGGAAUCGCUCCCGCUUAUUGCAUGAUGCAAGCUGUAGAAUCUGGGGGAGCGGGAGCGGGAGGGGGGAGGGGGAGGGGUCCGUGCGCUUCUUGCCGUGCCUGCGGCCGAUGCCAUCCGGGGCUCCGUCUUUCCUUGCGCUUGCGUCCGCUUGCUUCCAGGAUACAGUGGCUCCGAGGUGGCUGGCUGGCCCAGUUCAUUGAAGAGAGGCCAGGCUCGCUCGGGUACAUUGAAUUCAAGAGCCCCCAGAGGCCGAUUUCACUUUCACAGCUGCCAGUCCCAGUCCCAGCCCCAGCCCCAGCUCCCCGCCCGCCCGGGACGCCCUCCAGCCUGCCGCAGCAUCUAUCUCUCUCCCCCCCGCGCUCUCAUCCCUCUCAACAUCAUCACCCCCUCGCCCAUCGCCCAUCGCAUCGCAGCUCAGCUCAGCGCAGCGCAGCCCCCAGAGCUCGAGAGAGCAAGUGA